CGCUAUUUAGUUUACCUUAAAAUUAAAAUUUUCUGGUAUUUUUAUACUAAAAGGAUGCUGUUUACGAUCUCUUCACGCCACAUCGAUUGCAAAGAUCUCUGGAAACUUUUGAUGCUGGCGGCGUUCUUAUCGCAAUCAUCAUCAGCGGAACAGACGAUAACAGCAACAACAUGACACAACAGAGUGAUCGGGACGGGAAUAAUUCCGCUGUGGAGGGAAAUAACGAUUUAAAACAAUUCGUUAAUAAUUCGCCAGUGCUGCGCAUUGCGGUUUAUGGCAUGUCGGAGCUAAUCAACACGCGACUAUCUGCUAAGGCCCUCGACAUAUGCUUGGAACUACUUGGAGCAGGUGUCCAUCCAAAGGCGCUUGCCGACGUUAUAUUACACACCAUGGAUGCCAAAGAGAAACGUUCCGGCCGUCCAUUCGUUUAACUUAACUGGAUUUCACUAACUAAUAUGCGUGUUAUCGAAUGAAAAACACACUCACGUAUAAUGCGAAACUUGAGAUUAGGUGAACAACAAUCAGCGGAUGGGCCACCUGCAAACGUCUAGACAAUUAUACCUUCCAUAAAAACAAACAAACCUGAUAGCAAGCACAAAACGUUGUUAAUCUGUUGUUAAGUGUUAUAAAAAAAGAAAUGGUUAUAUUUAGUAUUUAUCAAUUUUAUUAAUAUAGUAUCCUUUCCCCUAACUCGAACUUAGCGUGCAUAAAUAAAAAAAAGUAUAUAUAAUAUAGAAUAGUAUAGUAUAAUAUAUAAUUUAAGUACUAUUUCUCUCUCUACUUCGUCUUGUCAACGAACAGCACAUGCUUAACAUCCUCUUCGGUGAGAUCCUUGUCCCCCCAACCCCACAGUUCAUGGCUGCCAUCGCCAGUGCGUCGCACACGACGCUCAAUUGUCUCGGGUGCCACCGAUUUCAGAUCGUAGGCCCAGCCGAUCUUGGCAAAGAAAUCAAUGAACGCGGUGGUCAUGUUGAGCGUAUAUCUGCCCCAUUCGGCGGUCUUGUAAUCCCAGGGGAAGACAUGAUGAUAGUUGUGCCAGCCUUCGCCGAAGG